AAAAGUCUUCUGGGAGAUUCUGGCGGGCCACUCAGCUCCAGAGCAGCUGUCCCCAGCUUCUCUAGCGCCGAAAACCAGCGGCCUUGGGGCUGAAGUGCAGAUUCUGACUCUGGGGGACAGGGACGGGCUUCCUCUCACAGGCAGGUGACAAGGAUGCUGGCAGCUGCGCUGGGACUCCGAGGAGCCUGUGCUCCAGAAUCACUGGAGGCUGGUUCCCAAACUCCACGUUCCCUGGCAGCCAACCUGGAGAUUCUGAUUCAAUAGGUUUGAGAGUUUCCAGUAUGGCCUCAGCACCAACUUCCAAAUAUAAUUCACACUCCUUGGAGAAUGAGUCUAUUAAGAGGACUUCUAGGGAUGGAGUUAAUCGGGAUGUGGGAGAAACUCUUCCUCGACUGCCAGGAGAGAUUCGCAUUACUGACAAAGAAGUUAUUUACAUAUGUCCUUUCAAUGGCCCCAUUAAGGGAAGAGUUUACAUCACAAAUUAUCGUCUUUAUUUAAGAAGUUUGGAAACGGAUUCUGCUCUAAUACUUGAUGUUCCUCUGGGUGUGAUCUCAAGAAUUGAAAAAAUGGGAGGCGCCACAAGUAGAGGAGAGAACUCCUAUGGGCUAGAUAUUACUUGUAAAGACUUGAGAAACCUGAGGUUCGCGCUGAAACAGGAGGGUCACAGCAGAAGAGACAUGUUUGAGAUCCUCACAAGAUACGCCUUCCCACUGGCCCACAGUUUGCCAAUAUUUGCAUUUUUGAAUGAAGAAAAGUUUAACGUGGAUGGAUGGACCGUUUAUAAUCCAGUUGAAGAAUACAGAAGGCAGGGCUUGCCCAAUCACCAUUGGAGAAUCACUUUUAUUAAUAAGUGCUACAAACUGUGUGAUACUUACCCAGCCCUCUUGGUGGUUCCAUAUCGUGCCUCUGAUGAAGAUCUUAGGAGAGUUGCAGCUUUUCGAUCCCGAAACCGAAUUCCAGUGCUGUCAUGGAUCCAUCCCGAAAACAAGACCGUUAUUGUGCGUUGCAGUCAGCCUCUUGUUGGUAUGAGUGGUAAACGAAAUAAAGAGGAUGAGAGAUAUCUCGACGUCAUCAGGGAGACAAACAGACAAGUUAACAAACUCACGAUCUAUGAUGCAAGACCCAAUGUCAAUGCAGUGGCCAACAAGGCAACAGGAGGAGGAUAUGAAAGUGAUGAUGUGUAUCAUAACGCCGAACUUUUCUUCUUAGACAUUCAUAACAUUCAUGUUAUGCGGGAAUCUUUGAAAAAAGUCAAAGACAUUGUUUAUCCUAAUGUGGAAGAAUCUCAUUGGUUGUCCAGUUUGGAAUCUACUCAUUGGCUGGAACAUAUCAAGCUUGUUUUGACAGGAGCCAUCCAGGUCGCAGACAGGGUUUCUUCGGGGAAGAGCUCGGUGGUGGUGCACUGCAGUGAUGGUUGGGACAGGACGGCCCAGCUGACGUCCCUGGCCAUGCUCAUGUUGGACAGCUUCUACCGGAGCAUCGAGGGCUUUGAAAUAUUGGUCCAAAAAGAAUGGAUCAGUUUUGGACAUAAAUUCGCAUCUAGAAUAGGUCAUGGUGAUAAAAACCACGCCGACGCUGACCGAUCUCCUAUUUUUCUCCAAUUUAUUGAUUGUGUAUGGCAGAUGUCAAAGCAGUUCCCUACAGCUUUCGAAUUCAAUGAACGGUUUUUGAUAACAAUUUUGGAUCAUCUGUAUAGCUGCCGCUUUGGUACGUUCUUAUAUAAUUGUGAAUCUGCUCGCGAGAAACAGAAAGUUACAGAAAGAACCGUUUCUUUAUGGUCACUGAUCAAUAGUAAUAAAGACAAAUUCAAAAAUCCCUUCUACACUAAGGAAAUCAAUCGAGUGUUAUAUCCAGUUGCCAGUAUGCGUCACUUGGAACUUUGGGUGAAUUACUAUAUUAGAUGGAACCCCAGAAUCAAGCAACAACAGCCAAACCCAGUGGAGCAGCGUUACAUGGAACUCUUGGCCCUACGUGAUGAGUACAUCAAGCGCCUUGACGAAUUGCAGCUUGCCAAUUCUGCCAAGCUUUCCGAUCCCUCGGCCUCACCUUCUAGCCCUUCACAAAUGAUGCCCCACGUGCAGACUCACUUCUAAUAAAGAAAAAAGCAGACUUUUCAUUCGGGGCCUCUGUACAAAGUAGGUUAAACUAUUUGCCUCCAUUUAGAACUUGAACUAACAUAAUCUUAAACUCUUGAAUAUGUGCCUUCUAGAAUACAUAUUGCAAGAAAACUACAGUAUCUACACGGCAAUCGGAAGAAAGGAGCCCAGAUGGGGUUUUGGAAAAUCCUGAUACCUUCAAAAGUGGUUUUUGAAAGAUAAUAUUUAAAUCAUAUUUACCUCUUCAACCUCGUCAGAAAUAUUAUGUGCACAAUAUGUACUUUGUGGGCCUCAUUGGAACAAUGACAUUUUUAACUAAAGGGGGAAAAUGUAUGUUUAUGAGAUGGAUUUUCCUCAGACUGCUUAUAGUAGUUGCUUUGGGUGAUCUAAAGUGAACCUAAAUGUGAAAGAUGUGUGUUCCUGCCAAAACUAAAUUGAGCUCAGCUUCCGAGGCAUGAUCCAAAACAAGGUGUUUAAAUAAUUGCCAAAUUUCACACCAUCAUAUGUGUGAUGACUUGAGAAAUAGCUGUGUAGAUGAGUUUUCCAUUAUUUUGAAAUUUUGGAAUAUGAAGUAUUUUCCCCUAAUUUCCAAGAGAAGCAUAUUUUUAUAUUUAAAAAAAAAGAUAGGGCCCAGUUAAAUAUGAUUUGAUUAUUUUUAACAUUUCCACUUCUGUUUCCUAAGUUCUUUCAUGAGCUUGCCUAGAAUUCUGACCUGUUUUCAGGUGGUGGAAAGCCCUUCUCUAGCACUGUUUGAAGAUGUUGGAUGCAUUAUGCUGCUUACGUGAAUGUUUUUGCAAAUGUUGCUCUAGUCAAACUAGCUUAUCUGCCAAAGUGUCGGGUUGACCAUCUUGGAUGUGUGAGCUGUCCCUAGAGCAGCAGCCUCUGAAAUAAAAGCCGCAGAUGUACAUUUGUUGAGCGUAUUCUUGAAAGUAUGGUGUUUAUGAAUUUCAAUGGUGUUUGACACCCUUUUCCACCCAGGAGUGCAUAAAAACUGGUUCUACAGAUUUUUACUUGAAGUACCCAGCGGUUUGCUUUUUCAGGUUUUUUUCUUUUUUUGUAGUAUUAAAUGCAAUUUCAAAUGCAGUUCUAUUUGAUAUCUGAACUAAUUCAUUUAGUCAGUAUAUUUGUAAAAGUUAAGGCUAGAGUUAAAAAGCAAUUAAUGUGUUUUACAAUGAUUUGUAAAGGUCUAUUUAUAGCUAAUAUGGUUUUGUUUUCAAUGAAUUAAGAGAGAUUAAAUAUAUCUUUGUAAAUUAUUUUAUGUCAUAGCUUAAUGGUUUACCAAAUAAGACAUCUCAAAUGCAGUAGUAUAAAUGUAUAAAUUUUGUAUGUAUAAGAAAUUUUAUUAGACAGUCUCUUGCUUUUUGUAAACGCUGUAAAUAUUUCAUAAAUUAACGAAGUGUCACUCCAUAAAAAGAAAAAAAAGCUAAUACUAAUAGCUGAAAGAAUUUUGUGAAAUUUCAUGACAACUGUUUCAUGGCAAUAAUGACUAAAGACCUGCUGUAAUAAAUAUAUUAACUAAA